AUGGCUAAAAUUUAUCAGACUGCAUCAGUAUUGUAUGAUGUUCUGAGGACUGUGGUACCUAGUGGAAAUGUUGAUGAUGAGACAAAAAGAUAUGCUGAAGAUGUCGAGAAGAAAAAAGAACAACAUGAACCCUACAACAUUCUUCCCUUGUAUACAGUUGGAAUUAAGCCAGCAAUUAUGGAACUUCCUGAGGUUGUAUAUGAGAUUCGUAUGGAAUCGUUCUGGAUCAAAGCUGCACUUCGAGCUAUACGAAGAGUGGAUAAUCUUCCUGACACGGAUAAAUCUGUGAAUGAUAUUCUUGAAUGGCUGUCUUCUGUUUUUGGGUUUCAGAAAGGUAAUGUAGCUAAUCAACGGGAGCACUUGAUAUUGCUACUUGCAAAUAUUGAUGCCAGGAAUAAGAAUCUUGAGGUUAAUGAGCAGAAGAAUCUUGCGGGUUAUGAGCAGUUGGAUAGUGGUACUGUAACGAAGCUGAUGGACAAAAUUUUCAAAAACUAUCGCUCUUGGUGUGCCUAUCUGCACUGCCCAUCCAAUCUUGAGUUUCCAGAGCGUGCUGACAUGCAACAGUUAGAGCUUCUGUACAUUGGACUUUAUCUUCUUAUCUGGGGUGAAGCUUCAAAUAUUCGAUUCAUGCCUGAAUGCAUUUGCUAUAUUUUUCAUAACGAGUAUUCUUACGAAUAG